CAUAGUAACAUUAAUUUAUACAUACAAUAAUCACUAUGUCUAAUUUUAAUAUUAUUUUCCUAAUGACAUUUUGCUCUUUGGUUACAUUAUCAUCGUCUGCUUCCCUUAGUGUCGGUUUCUACAACAUCUCUUGUCCAUCAGCAGAAGAUAUUGUGAGAAAAGCUGUCAACGAUUUCGUUUCUCGCAACCCCGGACUCGGUGCUGGUCUCGUUAGAAUGCAUUUUCAUGACUGUUUCGUUAGGGGUUGCGAUGCUUCGGUGCUGCUAGCUUCCACACCAGGUAACCCGGCGGAGAGAGAGCAUAUUGCUAACAAUCCUAGCUUACGAGGUUUCGAAGUGAUUGACGAAGCUAAAGCCCAAGUAGAAUCUGCAUGUCCGAAAACAGUGUCGUGCGCGGACAUUCUUGCAUUCGCAGCACGCGAUAGUGUCUCGAAGCUUGGAGGGAUAAACUACAGCGUUCCCGCAGGACGGAGAGACGGGCGUGUUUCGAUAAUGGUCGAGGUGGAACAAAACAUUCCACCUCCUACCAUGGAUGCACAGCAAGCAGCGGACUUUUUUGUUCGGAAAGGACUGUCGGUAGAUGAAAUGGUGACGCUAUUGGGAGCACAUUCUAUCGGAGUCUCGCACUGUUCUUCAUUCUCUAACCGUCUCUACACUUUCAAUGCCACUCAUCCUCAGGAUCCUUCCAUGGACUCAAGAUACGUAGAUUUCUUGAAAACGAAAUGCCCGCCGCCAUCCAAUAACAGUCGCGGUCCAACCGUCGCGAUGAAUCCCACCCCUGAUCGAAUGGACAACAGGUAUUACUUGGAGGUGACCAAGAACCGCGGAUUAUUCACUUCCGAUCAGACAUUGAUGAAUAACCGUACAACGCAGCGGAUGGUGAUGAAUAAUACAAGGAACGUAAGAACAUGGGCCGACAAGUUCGUUACGGCCAUCGGGCAUUUGGGUUCGCUUGAUGUUCUUACAGGAACUCAUGAAGGUGAAAUUAGAACAAGAUGCAGUGUUGUGAACUAGUUCUUUUUUUUAGUUCUUUUUAAUUCUUUUGAUUUUGUUCCGUGAAUCUCUUUUUUUUUGUGUCCCUUGCUAUGUUGAUGUACUUGCCUUGUAACAUUUCAAAGUAAAACAAGUUUUGGAUCAAUUUUGGAAUAAAAUGUUAAUGUCACAUUUGCCUUAAAA